AUGACACUGAUGGGAGAGUACAUUUCUUGAACAUAUUUCAUGAGAUUAUUUCUGUUUUUUUCUGUCUUGUUUUUUCGCUCAGUAUUUGGGGGUUCUGUUUCUCUGGCUUUCUAUCUUAAUCACUCACUCUUUUUGCACUGAAUUCUUCACUUUCUUUGUUUCUCCCUCUCUUCCUCUCGCUCUCACUUCCUCUCGGUCUAGGUUCCUGCAGGACUUGGAGCACAGGUUGGAAGAGGACAUCUUGCGUUUUGACGUAUGCGACAUCGUCUUGACCCACUGUCCCGCCCUGCGAAGGGUCUACCUCCCUUACGUGACCAACCAGGCCUACCAGGAACAGACCUACCAGCGCCUGUUACAGGAGAAUGCUCGCUUCCCAGGUAUCCUGGCUCGUUUGGAGGAAGACCCCAUCUGCCAGCGUCUUCCCCUUGCCUCCUUCCUCAUCCUCCCCUUCCAGAGGAUCACACGGCUUAAGAUGCUGGUGGAAAAUAUCCUGAAGAGGACAACACCAGGCUCUAGGGGUGAAGACACAGCCACCAAGGCCUUCAAUGAACUGAAAAGGCUUAUAAAGGAGUGUAACUCCAGUGUGCAAUCAAUGAAGAGGAUGGAAGAGCUCAUUCACCUCAAUAAGAAGAUCCACUUUGAGGGCAAGAUAUUCCCUCUGAUCUCCCAGUCUCGCUGGCUGGUCAAACACGGGGAACUGCUGGAGGUGGACACACAGACCAUGAGUAUUUCUGGGUCAAAGUUCAAGUUGCCCACAAGGCCUGUUUAUCUGCAUCUGUUCAAUGACUGUCUUCUGCUGUCCAGGAGGAAAGACACGUGGAAGUUCAUGGUGUUUGUUCACGCUAAGAUUGGGCAGCUGAAGGUGAAGGACUUCAGUCAGAAGCUCCAGGGCAUCUCAGGCUUUAUAUUCCACCUCCAGCUGUGUGAGGGCCAGCAGCUCAAACACCACAUCCUGCUCAAGGCCCACACUGAGAGUGGGAAACAGAGAUGGAUCACAGCCAUGUUCCCCUCUGAUCCAUUGGAAGACAUUGAGCAGGCCAGUGAGAAUGAUGAUCUUUCUCAAGUUCAGUGCAUCAAGAGCUACCAGGCCCAAGAGCAUGACGAGCUAACAUUGGAGAAGGCUGAUAUUCUUCAAGCCAAGACCAUUACAAGUGACGGCUGGGUGGAGGGCAUUCGGCUGUCAGAUGGGGAGCGGGGCUGGUUCCCCAAAACCAAUGUAGAGGAGAUCACAAAUCGCAGUGCGCGUCUCCGCAACCUCAGAGAAAACAUCCGCAUCAAGUGUGUCACACAGAAACUGGAGGAGGAGCUCUUUUAAGUGUCCUCUCCACCCUGCAGCUUUUAACUUACACUUGGAAUGUCCAAUCGUAAUGGUGUAGUAACUCUCAACCCCAAAUAUCUAUAAGUCCCAGCUUUUACGCAACACCAGUUAUAUAAUAGCUGAGCAGUUUCAGGUGAUCUGGAUGUGGGAGCUUUAUUUAGUCUGCAGGUGCUCAUAAGAUUUGGCGUAUCUUGACCAUAAGCAAUAUAGCUAAGUAGUAUGGUUUUCCAGCUGCAUAGCAGUAAUUUCCUUUCACUCAUGCUUGCUAUGACUGCAUAUACAACUACUGUAACACAACUACUGGGACAUCAGAAAUCAAGUGUUUUUCUUUGCCUCAAGCACUUUAAUUGUCAUCUUAAAGAGUCCUCUCAGCAUUCGAAAUAAACACAAUUUCAGACAUACUGUACAUUCAAAUCAUGACUAGCCUACUAAUUUACUAAUGGAGAAAGUCCAUUUCAACAAAACAUUGAGGAUUACAGAGUUUGUACAUCUUCCCUGUGAUUUGACAUUGAGAGCUGUUUACGCGUAGACCAAAAUUAAGAUGGAACACAUAAUACUAUUUACCAACCACUACUACAAUCUACAUGUAGAUGUACACCAUUCCAUUGGCACAUUAUUAUUAUUUUUAAAUAUACCUUUGUUGAAUUUCUGAAAUGUUAGUACUAAUUUAAAUGAUUGCUGUUGCAGCAUGUGUAUUUGUUUAUGCUCCUAGCUGGUUAUUCUCUAUGGAGAAAAUGAUGUAAAUGUACAUUCUGUAGAUGUACUUACAUGUUUAAAUGAAUAUAUGUCUAAUUUACUAUUAUGACUGUAAUUUAUAAGGGCCAGGAUCUGCCAAAAACAUACCAUUAUAACAAAUAUUAGAAUUGAAAAAUAUAGAUGACAAAAGACUAAUAACACAUGUGAGCUACUUGAGAUCUCUGGUUGUGAGCACAAUACUGUAAAUGCUUUACCCCUGAAAUAAAUGCACAUACUUACAUUUUUCUGUGA